CAAUGAUCCAGAUCUUCUAAUGUGACGACCGCGUUGGUUGCUGUACCGAACAAGCUUACGUGACAAGAGAACAUCGAAUUUAAGCGCCUGCUGUGCUCUCAGGGGACUAACUGUUGCCAACUCCUCAACUUGAGCCUCGAUCCAAGAUGUCUUUGCCCCCGAGCUCACCGCGGCUACCAAGCCCGCCGCCGCCAACAGAAAUCCAGAUUGGCCCGAAGUCACCGUCCAUUCAAGAUUCCAGCAACAACCUCGAGAAUGCCAUGGAGCAGAGCAUUAUAGAUUCGAAUUCAAGCAGGAGGAUUCACCCUGGGACGAAGGGAGCAGACAUGGCUGCUGGGCCACCGCUUGUGCCGCUGAUGGAGCUUGAUUCUGCCUUCCAAUUACAAGAGCAUCUCAAAGCCUUACACCACCACCACACCCGACCAUCGGCAUCAACUAUCGUCCCUAUAAACAGGCAAACCGCGUCUCUUCUAGCUACACCUCCAUUUGGAGUCGACCGUGCGCUGUGGCUGUACGAGCUCUGCCGCUUCCUCAUAAACAAGUGCAACGAUCUCAUUGUUGGCUUUCUAUUCGACACACCAGCAUGCUCUGCAUCCACCUGCCCCGAAAUGCGCGCUUCGGAAUGGCAAUUUCUAUGCGCCGUUCACGAGUCGCCAAAGUCCUGCUGCGCUAUCGAUUACUGCUGCCAUACCCUUGACUGGGCGACCAACAUAGUCACAAGCCAGAAGAUCUUUCCCAGCCGUCUGAGCCUUACUUCGGGAGAUGUUAUGGACGACAAAAGCACCGGCGUCAAGCACCUGACAAAUAUCUUCAGGCGACUCCACCGCAUCUUUGCGCAUGCGUGGUUUCAACAUAAGGGCGUAUUCUGGCAGGUGGAGGGACAAACAGGAUUAUACGUUUUAUUCAAGACUGUUUGCGACAACUACGAGCUUCUACCUGCAGAGAAUUACAAGUUGCCCCCCGAGGCGGAGGGCCUUGAGCCAGUUGCCGAACCUAAAGUCGUACAUACCAUACUGAAGCCUGAACCACCUGUCUUGAGCAAUUUAUCAACUACUGGAGAGGAGGACUUGCACUUAGCGGCUGCUAGUCGUACCAAUACCAGGAGACAUAUACGAUCUUCGCCAUCAACAGGAGCUGCGGUGACUACAGUUAUUGAGGCUGACGAGGAAGAGUCUGACAUGGCACAACGCUUAAAGACGCUGAAAAUCAAAGAAGAGGAGGAGGCGAAGCAAGAGGAAGAUGAGAAGAUCAAGGACAGUGAGGUCUCGCACCAGGAGCCUGACGAGGAGCUUGCAGAAAUGACAAUCAUCGUUGAUGACUCCCCAGAGAAGGCGUCAGAGGAGCCAGAGAGUGCCCCAGAGGUGACCAAAGAGCAGGAGGGCGAAGACAAGAUUGAAAUCGACGACAGCAAACCAUCAGAAAAUGCCUCUUCGGAGCCAGAAUCCGCCGAUGAGAAGAAGGUGGAGGAACUGAAGGUGGAAGAGGAGGCAGAAACGCCUGAAGCAGCCAAAGACAGCGAAAAGGAGCCACCAGUGCACACUUUGAACCUGGACGAAGAGACACCGGCCGAGAGUGGGGAGGGAGACGCAACGGUGACGUUGUAGAGCGAUUGAUUGAUGAUACCCAUUUCACUUGACGCAAAGACGAGACCAAAGACUUAAGGAUAAUUGUAAUGUACAAUAAUACUCUGGGGAUUCUGAUCCGGUUAGAGCUGUAGAACUAGUAGGGAGGAGGCAUGGAGCUUGGAGCUUGUUUAUAUAAUAGGGCAUAACAUAUCGUUUUCAGUGUUCUCGGUCUGCUUCUGGGAUAGUCUGAAGAUGUUGAUCAAACUGUUUGAGCGGCUGCUUGCCUUGUAUCACAACUUUAUGAAUAAAGUCCAGCACCC